UUAUUUAUUUAUUUUGACAUAACCUAUAGGCUAGAUCUAUAAAACAGAACAUGCUCACGUUGUUAUAGUAUUAGCUGUGAAUGUUAUUAUUCAAAAGUAACAGGUCAUGCAUUUCAAACAUUCCAACUGUACUUUAUAUCUGCAUGAGCCCCCUGUGACGUCACGAAACAAAUAGAAUGCGUAAAAUUUUAGUAUUUAAAGGCUUGGAACUCAUUAGCUCAAUUUGUUGGUUGAAGUUUCGGAGUAUUCUGUUAGAGUGGAAAAAACCCUGUUAUCAUGGGACUGUUUUCACGACUAAAGAAAGUGUUUAAAGUGAAGCGAGCACACGAACCCCAACCCUGUGUGCCGCUCAGAAACACGGCCAUCACUGCCCAAAUACAUCCUCAUCGGCUCGAUGAGACGCCCGGUGGUGCUGAUGCGAUCGAUGAAGGGAGAAAGGAGGCAGGGAGACGAGAGAAAAAGAAGAAAAGGUUUUGGAUGUCGCCUUCUUCACUUUUUUCACCGAAGAGCUGGGACAUAUAACGUGGCUAAAGCUGAGAAAGUGAACCUCGCGGGAUCGUUUCUGAGACUUACUGAUGAACCUCCAGCCUCUGAAGUCCUUCCAGCUGUAGAAGAACAGCUGGAACAGGACGUCCUCCAACAUCAGGACAUCCACACUCCAGUUAGUUUGACUGAAGAGGACAAGGCGGAAGAGCUGGACAAGGAUCAGACUUUUCUACAACACAUGCCCAUUGCAGAGAUCCACGAUCUUCAUGAAGCUCCAACCUCUGAAGUCCUCCCUGCUGUAGAGGAACAGCUGGAGCAGGACGUCCUCCAACCUCAGGAUGUCCACACUCCAGUUAGUUUGACUGAAGAGGACAAGGCGGAAGACCUGGACAAGGAUCAGACUUCUCUACAGCAGAUUGUAGAGAUUCAUGAUCUUGGAGAAGCUCCAGUCUCUGAAGUCCUCCCUGCUCCUGAGGAAGCUGGAGCAGGACGUCCUCCAACCUCAGGAUGUCCACACUCCGAUAACUCCUCUGGAGAAGAUGAAGCAGAGGAGCCAGACAACAGCCACAUUUUUUGGCUAUAUGAAUUCGACCACAAGCUGGGUGAAGGAGGCUAUGUGCAUGCAGGAACUCGAUGCAAGGAUGGCCUGAAGGUGGCUCUGAAAAUUGCUGACAAGACACCAGAUAUGCGAUAUAUCAGAGUUCCUGGUCAUUCCAGACGGCUCCCCAUAGAGAUCGGCCUGACACUCAUGGCCAAUAACGGCCACAGCGUUUUACAGAUAAUUAAAAUUCUGGACUGGCAGGAUGACCCGGACCACUACGUCAUGGUCUUGGAGCGGCCCAUGCCUAGCAUGAGCAUGUUUAACUUCAUGAAGCUCCGACAAAGGCUUGAUGAGAAGAUGGCACGACAUGUUAUGUUGCAGGUCAUUCAUGCUGCUAACAUUUGCUGUGAGCGUGGUGUUUUCCAUCGUGAUAUUAAAUUGGAGAACCUCCUGGUGAACCCGGACACGUUGGAGGUCAAGUUGAUUGACUUCGGGUGCGGCACGCUCAUGAAGGACUCCGCCUACAUUGCCUUCAAUGGCACAGAAAUGUUCUGUCCACCGGAGUUUGAUGUCGACGGCAGGUACCAUGCAAAGCCAGCGACAGUUUGGUCAUUAGGGUUCCUGCUGUUCAUGAUGUUGUAUGGGUAUUAUCCAGAUGACAAAGACCUGCACAGGAUCAGUGAGAAUGACUGGUCCGAACCUGACCUGUCACAAGAAUGCUGCCGGAUGAUCUGCGAUUGUCUGCAGCCUGAUCCGCAGCGGAGACUUAUCCUGGAGGAGAUGCAGCUCCAUGACUGGUUUACGGUAAUGGAGUAAGACAUGGAGAGCAACAAAAAACAACUCCCUGUCACAGCCACUCUGUUGUUUGCUGUCUUUGGUCAUUUUUGUAAGUGUAUUAAUAGCAUGAUAGUAGAAUAAGUAUAAUAAUAGAAUAAUAAUUAUAAUAUAAUAUAAUAUGAAGUAUUAAGAUAUUUGUAUUAAGAUAUGUAUGCACUAUGUGUUAUGUUAGCAGAGAGUGACUGUAAAUUGGAAAUUUUUCUUUCUCCUAA